AUGAAGAAGAAGCAAGUCGAAAAACCACCAAAUGUGGAGGAGGAAAAUAUGAAAGAAACCACCCAUUCAAAAUCGGGGGUUCUCAAAAGCACGAAGAAACCAACAAAGAAGCCUACCGAUUCACCAAUCAAGAAACCCAUACAAGACUCUGUAAUUGAAAGUGUUGAGCCAAAGAAUGUCGAUUCUUCAAAUCCUAUUUCUUCUCAAAAGGGUCUAAUGAAGAUUCGAAGGCCUCAAUUUAACAAUAAGGGUGUUUUGUUUUGUGAAGUCUCUAUUCCUGUUUCACUAGCUUCAAAGAAGCGUCAAGCUCUUGAUAUGGCUCACAAGUUACAAAAGAAUAAAUGUAAGAUUCCUGUUCUACUUGACAAUGUGAAGGUAAAAACUGAUCAAGAUAGUGAUAGUGAAAGGUCAUAUAUUCGCAUCGAAGAUUCUUUUACUGGAUCACCUCAAAUGGAUUCUCCUAUCAAAUCAAAUUUCGAGGUGACAAGGAAUCCUGAUGUUAAUGUAAACCUUUCUAAUAUAGACAAAAACAUCAUUUCAAGUGAUCAUCAACCAACAUCCAUCCGUGAGAAGACCUUGGUCUUACUAUACUGGGUUUCGCAUACCGAGUCCAAUACAAAGGAGGUUUGA